AGAUUCGGACAGCUCUCGCGCCCUUCAAGAGGCAAGCAGGAAAUCGCUCUUUUCUCCCGGAUUACUGACACGUCCAAAGUUACGAAAAGGCAUCGCCAUCGUCAUGAGCUCAAACAGACCGUCAGAUUCAACCGCUGAUGACCAACUCGAUCCUGAGGAAGAGAGACGGUUGGCUGCAGCUGCACGUGAAGCUAACCGUCUCCCAGAGCUCCGGCUGAUCCUGCUGGGUUGGCGAUGGCCAGGUAAAAGCCUGACCGGCAACACCAUUCUGGGCCGCGAAGAGUUUCGUCUGGAACGUGCCGCUGAAUUCUGUGUGAAGCGUGAAACUGAGGUGGAUCAGCGUAAAGUAACAGUAGUAGACACUCCUGGCUGGUUCUCAGCCCAGACCACACCGACGGACUACCAGCAGGAGAUGGUCCGAAGCGUUACUUUGUGCCCACCUGGACCCCAUGCGUUCCUGCUGGUCAUACCUGUGGGCAUGUUCACAGAAACAGACCGGGCUCGUAUAGAGGAGAACUUAGCACUUUUUGGGGAGGAUGUGUGGAAGCACACCAUGGUGGUGUUCACCUGGGCAGAGGUUUUAAAGGAUAGGUCCAUAGAAAGACACAUACGAAGGGAAGGUCGUGACCUUCAGUGGGUGGUGGACAAGUGUAAGAAGAGGUACCACGUCAUCAAUAACUAUAUUUUUGGCGAGCACCCGCAGCUGCCCCAGCUGAUGGAGAAGGUUGAGAAGAUUGUUGCUGAAGAAGGUGGUUACUUUACCCUUAAGACAGAUGAAACCAAAACACAAAGUCAAACUCCGAGUCUGAAUCUGAAUACCAAUUCAUUGAAAGAGAACAGGGAGCUUGGCGCUAGACCCAAACAGAACGGCUCCUGCAACUCACUGCGGGCCAUGGACAUGGACCCUCCGCAGAGUUUGGUUGAAGGAGUGAGUGACUAAGGCUGAGAUAACCGUUCCAGUGCUGCUGUAUUCAUUACCUCAAUUCCCCUGCACUUAAAUGAUGAAACACCCACUAGCCACAUAUCAAUCCACCAGUCUAGGCAGCUUCAGGUUGUAGGGUUUACAGGCAAAUGUCGCUGUACUAUAUACAUCUUACCCCAGAAAAUAUAAGAUGGUAACAAUACAAAUUAUUAUCAUCAAAGGUUGAAUUGGUGUUAGUAAAUCAGUUGUACAACAUUAAAACCAUUUGUGUCCAUUGGCGCAGAGAAUAUUGAGGUAAUGCAGUCAUUAGUCAAACAGAAACGCUCAACAUUCAUUAAUUAUUUGCACUAAUGAGUUUAGCACAACCUAAUAGCUUGUAAAAUGCCUCAAUGCACUAAUAUUGUUAUGAGAGAUAAGAGUCUGUCGCGGUCACAUUAUUGUAGCAUUGGUUAGUUAUAUUGGUGUCAGUUGCUAUGGAAUUGUAAAUUGUCCAAAACCAUGUUACAUUUUCCAGUUAUUUCACAUCAGAGUUAGCUGCUGUUUCAGGUAUUUCAGAUACAGCUCGUUUGCAUGUUUUCUAAUGAUAUUAUUUUCUAGUAAUCAUUAUUGCUGUUUUAUUAUUUAAGUGUGUGCUUAAAUGAUUUUAAGGUACUGAUUGUUUUAGGAUUACUGUGAUGUUUACUUUUCUAAAUGUAUUUGUUUCUUUCUAAAUGUUUUUUUUUCUCUAACAUUCUAUAUCAAGUGUACUUCAUUAUAAAUGGUUUCCUUUAA